AUGUUGAGCCACCGCUAUACCUUCAUUGCACACCUAGUCUGUCUUGCAGAAGCAGCUGCACUCGCCAACCAAGCCGUGCAUCCCAGAGCCCUGACACUGGGGUUCUACAACACCGACGAACAACGCCAGCCUAUUGAGUUAGCAACCGAAGGAGUCAUACCGACCUGGGUAGAAGGAUCGCUGUGGAGAGGAGCAGGUGGAGUCUACGACUAUGGAAACUACAGCGUUGAGCACUGGUUUGAUCAAGGUUCUCGCAUGCAUCGGUUCGAGAUUGCAAACGGCAAAGUCAGCUAUCGAAGUCGUAACAGUGCAGAUGAGUACAGCGCUUUUGUAGAAGAGCACGGUGCAGUUCCCGGCCCGACAUUUGGCGGAGAUCCAUGCAAGGUUAUCUUCAACGCCUUCGAGACUACGUUUCGAGAUGGGAUCAAUCCUCGUGGAAACACCUCAGCCGCCAAUGUCAAUGUAGUGCCAGUGCUCGCCUUCCCGGGAUUGGCAGAGAACACGACGCAGAAUAACAGCCCUGCCAAGACAUUGACAUGGACAACAGAUGGGAAUCAACUGCAACAGCUGAACCCCGAGACACUCGAGCCGAUUGAGCUCUUUACCUACCAGGCAAGCAACCUGGCCUUGAACGACAAUGCAUCAAGCGCUGCACACCCUACUCGGGAUGGCAACGGAUUCUACAACUACGCGAUGAUUUCAGGGGAACAAACCUACUACCUCGUCUUCCAUGUCGACAACACGGGCUUCGCCACCAUCCUGGCAAACAUAACAGACGCCCCACCAGCAUACAUCCAUGCCGUCUUUGGUACACAGAACUACGUCGUGCUCAUCGUCUGGCAAGCUGAGAUCGACCUCGUCAAACAAGAACAAACGUUCAACGUCGUCGAUGCUCUCAAACCAUUCAAUAGCAGCCAAAGCUCCCUUUUCUACGUCAUCGACAAGAAGAAGGGCGGAGUGGUAGCCAAGUAUUCGACCGAUCCGUUCUUCGCCUUCCACGAGGUCAAUGCGUACGAGGACCCCAAGGACGGCUCGGUCGUCAUUGACCUCCCGUGGUAUCCGAAUUACGACUUCUUAGAAGCCGCCCGUGUUCCCACCCUCCGCGCAAACGUCGGUAUCAGGAACGGCACAGCAGCGUUCGACCUUGCCGGGACCAUGAAGCGAUACCGUCUAGCAACGCCAGCAAAGUCUAACUCCAGUGUUUUCCAGAACGCCACGGUUGACUUUUCGAUUCCCUUUCGUGAGGGGAACAUGGAGCUUCCUCAGAUCAACGAACAGUACAGGAUGAAGCCAUACCGAUAUGCAUACGGCGUGCACGUCGAAAAGCGAGGCUACUUCAGCGACUCGAUCGUCAAGAUCGACACUCAGACACAACAGUCAAAGACAUGGACUCCACGGGUCGACAGUCUUCCAUCGGAGCCGAUGUUCAUUGCUCGACCGAAUGCUACGAGCGAGGAUGACGGUGUACUCCUGACGGUGGUGCUGAACAGUGUCGAGAGACGCAGCUCGUUGGUGGUGAUCGAUGCGAAGACAAUGAAUGACAUUGGUCGAGCUGAGAUGCCUUUGGUAAUGAAUUACGGCUUUCAUGGCGCGUACAAGUCUGCUUGA